UCCAACCUCCAAACGAUCCCUGAAUCGAAUUGCCAAAAAAAACCUAUAAGUGCAUCGCUCCUAUUGAACCAACCGUAAAAUUUAAGAAUGCAGAGAUUAUGUGCGAAGUUCCGCUCUUUGGCCGGGCAAUCAACCCAAACCCUGACCACCUUCUCCUCAUCUCAUCGCUUCCUACACACUUCUUCACAAGUUCGCCAACCUCUCUUUUUCACAUCAGCUUCGCGAAAGUUUAGCCUUAGCAACCAACUUUUUAACACAUCUUCACCACCGAAUCUGUUCCAAUCUCCUUCUGCGGCUUUUCAAUUGCCAUUGACUCCUUCUGCAGCCCUUCUCUCUUUGAUGCACGUGCGUCAUGUUUCAUCAAGGGAGCGCCGAAAGAAGAGGAAGCCAAUGACUCCAGUCACCUCCAAAGUCAAGAAAAUCAAAAUAAAAUUUUAUUCGUCCUACAAGGACAGAUUUCGGACAAUGAAUGAUGGGACUAUCAGACGCUGGAGGGAGGGCAAGAAUCAUAAUGCACACUUGAAGUCAAAGAAAUCAAAACGGAGACUGAGACAGCCUUCUACUGUCCCUGCAGCUUAUGCCAAAGUUAUGAAGAAACUUAAUUUCUGUUAGAAUUGUUGCGAAUAUUCAAAGGUGAGGCAAAUGUUUUAAGAGAGAGUUUUUCUGGCAAUGAUUUCACUCAUCUUGGCAUUUUGUUUGAGCAAUUGAUAAUAGCUUCACCAUUUCAUGUCUGAUUUCCUUUAAUUUUGUUUGCAGAUGUGGAUUAAAUAAUACUUUAUCAUAGUUUUUUA